GCCUGUCAAAAUUCUAACUGUUCUUCUGGCGAAUUUAAUACUUGUGCGCUUCAUUUAUAUUAAGAAUUUAAAGAUAAUUUUUUUAAGCAGUUGAUUUAUGGGGAAGACUUACCAUGACUUCGUUUAAUGCGCCAGCUAUUUUGAUGCCACUUGACGAAUAUUACACACACUAUGUACAACCCAAGCCAAAAAUACCCAAACAUUAUGGAUUCCAUCCUGAUAAGCGCCAGCGACAAGCGGCUCAUUUACAAUCCUAUAAGGAUGCCAAUGGAGAGGACGAAGACGAGGCGGAUGAGGACGAAUCACAGCAGGUUGAUGAGCUUAACUCUUCCAUACAGGAUACGAAUAUGAAUCAAAUUAAUUUUGAAACAAAUGACUUUAAUCGGUUAUAUCAAGAGACCGACGAACCAAUGGACCAAACCGACAACACCAAACAAGUACCGAAUGCGGAUAUGUCCGCUGAUUCAGCUCAAUGGCGUAUUCAGGCAAAUAAUGUCAACCGUCCGCCGGGCGCGGCUCCUUUGGUGCCCACGGACGCGCCACGCAAGCAACCGCCACGCAAAGAUCCUCAACGCGGCAAUCGCUGGCAUCAAAAUCAAAAUAAUCGACGCCGUUUCAAUCGCGGUAAACCCAACAAUAACCAUAACAACAACAACAACAAUAACAAUAAUUUCAAUCGGAAUAAUUGCCAAAAUUUUGUACAUAAUCGUCUAGGCAACAAUCCGGGUCGUAAUACGCAACGUGGCCAGUUGUCCAUGGAGCAGCGUAUGCGUAACGCCUACAAUGCAUUCAUAGGUCCUCCAAACAACAACAGCAACAACAAUCGCAACAAUAUUAAUAAUAACAACAACAACAUAAAACAACAACAGCAGCAGCAGCAGCAGGUGUUGAUGAACAUGAACAAUCACUUUCAGAAUGGACGCCCGCAGCUGAAUGUGAGCGCCCAACUGAAUCCGUGCGACAUUCAAAAUUCAAAUUUUAACGUGCGCAACAGUGUGAACAAUCAAUUUAAAUCUUAUCAGAAUCAGAGUCAAAGCAACCCCAUUCCCGCCAAUUGGCAAUUGGGUUCGAAUUCGUUGACUGCGCUCAUUAACUCGGCUAACCAAACUCGACCUUCGAUGACCAAUCCAACUGCACAAGAUUUGGCACUGAUUCGACCGACUGCACAAAUGCCAAUUGGUAAUAAUACGGCAAAUCGUUUGGGCCCACCAAUGCGUAACACCUUAAAUUGGAACGUACCACAAAUGAACGUUGAACAGCCGCCGAAUUUGACAAACCUCCAAACCGCCCCUUUGCAGCGUGGUCCAAUUGGGGCAAAUGGUGGCAUUGUUGCCUCGGAUUCACUGCGUCUGGCAGAUCUGAUGAACAUGGACAAGAGCAGCUGCAUGAAUUUAAAUGUGGCCGAGGUGGCCAAGAAUGCCAUGAUGUUGCUGAGCACCGUUUUUCAUAAGCCCAUACUGGAUGAGGACGUGCAGCAGGAGUUGGCACACCUGCAGCAAAACAAUGGGUUGUCCGAGGAACCACAUGGCCUCGACAUGAACAUAAGCCCGGAAACCACGGAGCUGCGAAUGUAUCAUCGCUUUAAGUAGACAAAUGGGAGAAUGAUCAGAAAACAUGCGAAUGCGCGCAUUGUGAAUAGUGUGUAUGCGUAGCGUAAGAAGAAGAAGAGGA